CUCGAGCCAGCUAGGAACCAAAGUGGCAGGCAGCACCAUUUCGGAUCCGGCAUGUUGCACGAGAUAUUGCUGGCCCUUUCAGGCCACCCUUCACCACUCUUCGCAGACAGCGUCUCGCACCAUGACGCCUCUGGCUUGCCCUUACUCUCCCCGUCUGAGAAGGCAUUACUGCAAUCUAUUGGGAGACUUUCAGAACUGCAUCGUAGGCUGAAGCGCCAUCUCGACACCAUAUCCACAAAUCAUCCCUCGGUCAUCUGCAGGGCCGCCGCUACCUCAGUGCAGCAGACUCAUUUGGCUCGCUUCCAGAAGAAGAUAUUGGAGACUGAGAGCAAGAUUCUGAAGAAUGAUCCGGGCAUCGUGGGAGCCUACGACAUCGUCCCUCUCGCUACGCUCGUCGCCGAGUUCGACGAAUGGUCACGGCGUAUGAGCUGGUAUUGGGACCUUGCAACCUUCAUGAGCUCCCCAAAACAUGCCUCCGGAUCUGGUGUUCCCUGCACUAGUGCCCGUCUGAUCGACAAGCUUCGAGCAGAAACGCAAACCGGCUAUCCUGAAAUUGAAGACGCUGCGACCGAACUUGCCCAACUGGCAGAGCGUGCGUGGCUACGACAACUGUCCUCCUGGAUUGUUCAUGGAAAGCUUCCCACAAUUGGGGCCAGGGACUUCUUCAUACGUGCUGAAGGCGACGAGGGAAGUCGCUCGUUCGCCAAAAAUAAAGAAUUGCUGCCAUCCUUCGUAACACCAAGCCUUGCUGCUUCCCUGCUCUUCAUCGGAAAAUCAAUCCAUCAAGUUGAGUACUAUCGACGCUCGUCUCAUACUCAUUCGACCCCUUCAAUACCAGCUGCGAACCAGACUGAGAUUGCGUCCGAUCAUCUCCAGCAACUCUCCUCGCUGUCACUUCCUAUCGUUCCUUCUCAGUUCUCGCGCAUCAUCGCACAAAUCAGGCUCUCCCUAUCUCAAAAUGUUUUGCAGCACCUACUUCCUAUGAGCGAGACCGUACAAGUCUUGGCGUGCCUGCGACAAAUCUUCCUGCUUGACCGAGGCGAAUUCGCGACUGCAUUGAUCGCUGAAGCAGAAGAGCGAGUGCAGUCUCGUCAACAAAACAUGGGCAAGCUGCUUGCUCAGGACCCAGUCAGGGCAUUACAGAGUCUGUCGAUGAAAGACACUGAGCUGAAUCAAGUUCUUCGUCAUGUGUGGAGGUCACUUGCGGUGGCAGAUGCACAUGGCGAAGACACGACUCUUGACUAUGCUCAAUCGCAGAUUUCAUUAACCAACCCGAAGUACAUCAGCUCCCGCCCAUCGACUGCCGAUAGCUCAAGUGAUGGGAUGCCAGAGAUCUCAUCGAUUGCAUUCAACAAUCUGUUGUUCCCAAACCCUACCGAACUAAGCAUGAGUGUGUCGCCACCGCUUGACCUGUUCCUGUCUUCCAGAGAUCUGGAAAUCUACACUGCGAUAAGCUCGUAUCUGCUAGCGAUUAGGAGAGGCCACCAGAGGCUGAACAAUUUAUGGAAACGGACACCUGCUCGAAGAGCUUAUCCUGUGUCAACAGCAAAUCAGAGUGGAUUGAGGCCGCGCCACAAUGCGCGUAACGUCGCCAUGAGACGCGUGUGGGCGACCUGCAGUGCUGCUACGUUCAUGCUCUCUGAGACUGCGGCUUUCUUCGAGGGUGAGAUAGUACGGCAGUCUUGCGAGCAUUUCCAAGCCUGGAUCGAAGAGCCCUUAAGGCAGUCCGUGAGAAGCACAUCGUCCACCGCCUCCGAGAAGCCAAUCCAGCGCGACCCGGAAACACUCGCAGCAGGUCAUCGCACCUUUCUGUCGUCGCUCACUUACGCGCUUUUACUGACUGACAUGCAAUUCACCCGAGAGCUGCGGUCGCUGCUCGGCAACGUCGACAAUCUGAUUGCUUACUUCCAGCGACUCCUUGAUAUGCAGCAGAAGUUGGAUUUCGAGCAACAAUCCGGCAGUGAAUCCGCUCAUACUGUACAAGAAGAGCAACGCAUGUCUCUGGAACUUGAUCGAGCACGGAAGAAGGUCGACAGCGAUCUCAAGUCUGUCAUUCGCCGACUUCGGCAACUUGAUGGAGACCGUGUAGGAUCUCUUCGGCAUCUAGAGCAGAAGCGUCCAGAUCAAGGUGAGUUCGACGCAUGGAAGGAUGGCGGCAGCAUUGACCGUCUGCUCAUGAAGCUCGAGUUCGGACGCAUGGUUGUUGAUGGCUACGAGGUCUUUCGGACAUGA